CUGUUUUGUUUUCCACGAUCGGCGUGUUUGGUCGAGUUCUUUGUGUGCUAUUCUUCGCUUGUCUGUCUAUGGCUGGCAUCACUUCUCUGGUAGCAAACAUGGAAAUGGUCACACACACCUUAUACGACUUUGGGGUUCCCAGGAAAUUCGGCAUGCCCUGUACGGUAACAUUAGUAUUUCUAGGAGGACUAGCUUCCGCCCUCAACUUAGAUAUUUUGACCAAUCAGGACUUUGUCUGGGGAUUUGCUCUUGUCAUCAAUGGAUUCUUUCUACAACUAAUGGUGGUUAUUUACGGAACCAGAAAGUUUCGACAAAAUAUGUUUAACAGCUAUAGUAUUGGAGACUGGAAACUCCCGCGUGUGUGGGAAUGGAUUGUCAAAAUAAUCGCCCCUUUAGAAGCACUGUUCAUUAUCGGAUGGUGGGCGUAUGAUCUGAUUGAUGGAGACUCAGGGGAUGGGGAGGAAUGGUACGAAUUCGGGAGGGAAACACUGGUCAUCACUGUAGUACAGUGGGCCACACUAAUGGUUCUCCUGGUGUCCAUCAAUAUGCUGUAUCUAUGCUGUCGCAGACGAGGGGAUGAGGAGACCGUCAAAUUACUAGGACAACAGGUGCUGCAGACGUCACAGGAAGCGGAAGUCUCAUACAAGGAAGUUAAUUUAUAGAACUUCUCAGACGCUCGACUUUUGUUUUUUUUCAACAGUGUUCUCGAAUUAUAUUUUUACAUGUAGAUAUCUGGUUUAACUUUUAUUUUUACUUCAAUACAUUGUACGUUUUAUAACAAAUUCAAAAACAAGUUGUAAAUACUUAAACUAAUCCAUUUUGUUUGAUUUUCUUGGCAAUAA